GAUGUCACUGAAGUAUGCUCAAGCCGAUUUAAGAAAUUCUAAAGAUUGGUUUGUACGGGACAAGCAUCCACUAGACGGGGACUCACUUUCCUACUUGGAUAUGGUUGAGAGAAGUAAGGAGGAGGAGGAGAGGAGGACCAAGGAGAGGACCAUGAUGGAGGAAGGAAGAGCUCUUUGGAUGCAGAAGAUAAAAGAGGAUGAAAAUCAAUCUAAAAGAGAUCUCAAUGAUAUUAAUGAGCUAGCCAGACAACGUAUGUUUGGAAGACCAGGCCAUGGAGCUCCAACGGUUGAUAUUAGAAAGAAGAAGUUUACUGAGCACCAACUUUCUGAUGGUUUACCUAGAUCCGUCUCCAUGUUCAAACUGGACCAGGAAGAUGAAUUUGUUCCAGCAGCCAGCAGAACAAUGAGAAACUUAGAGGACUCAUCUUCUUAUCUAGAUCUAGAUGUAACUGACGCCUUGAAGUUUGGAAGGCCUGGCUGUGGAGCACCUGUCAGGACUAAAUCUGGUCGACUUAAAACUAUUAUAACUGGAAACCCAGAGAUUAGGUUUCAGAACAACGAGAGCGUUCAAAAAACAAUUUCCAAUGCUAUUAGAUAUCAAACAGACAGGCAGGAGAAAUCAUUGUAUCAUAGAGAAUUAGAUGAUCAAGUAAAGGAGAAGAUGUUGAAUAAAGCUGCGGAAAAUCAAAACAAUUUAGAGGCUGCUAAACACAUGGAGGAUACAGCUGGUAAUGAAUGGGGUAGACCAGGACCUGGAGGAACCUACUGGAGAUCAUCAGCUGUUACUGGUCAAGGAUUCUAUGAUAAAAUGGGCUGGUCUGGGUCUGGAGAUCCAAGAAAGAGAGUAUGGGAAGUCAAGAGGAAUGAAGCAGAGGACAUGAAAAGGGAUAUGAGUUAUAAUGCGCAGAGAAGACAUGACGAACACUUGGAUGUUACAAGUGAAGUUGGAAUAGAACUGGUUCCUCUCAUGAAGGAAAAGUUUACUGGGAAGCCAAAGAAGGAUCCAAAAACAGGAAAUAUGUUGUCCCAUGGUCUCUCUUCAACUGAUGUAACGAAGCACGCUGAUCAAAAAGGAUCUCAGCCCUGGCACAGUACUGGAAACAAACAGCUGUAUUGGGAUCAGCUGACAGGACAGGUUGGUGAGAAGCAGCAUAAGUUUAUGCAACGAAGAAAUGAAGACGAGGAGCAGCAAAAGUUACAUUUUCAGUCCUGGGAAUCCUACUGGGGCAGGCCAGGAUAUGGAGCUCCCAGGAAUGUGACCAACAAGGAAAAUCUAAUGAAAAUGCUUCAUUAUCCUUCUACAGUCAAAAAUAUGCCGAAUAAUGUGGAGUUGAUAACUUUGGAGAGACUUCCAGUCAAAUAAUAUUAAGUUUAUCAGAAUACUGUACAUUGUACGUACACACAUCAGCUGUACUGUAUACUACUCGGGAAUAGUAUUUGCAAAUAUGUACAGACAUAUUGUACAGAGAUGUUUCGUGCUUAACACUUUUUUAUGUAUUUCACAAAAUUACAAUUUAUUUAGAAAACUUGAACAGGUUUAAGAUGUUUAAAGGAUCUGAUUGCUCUGAUAAUGUUUUAAUUAAUUUUCUAAUCCUUGAUGUCAGAGACCGUUGAUAUAUAGCAAAAUAAUGUAUUUUAAAUGUAAGAUUUUUUCUCUAGAUAUAUGCGAGGAUCAGAAAAUAAUAGUUAUAAUGGAACUUGCCUUCACCUUAGAAUUCACAUCUAUACGCAUGCACAGGGGAUGUUCGAGCUUCUUUACCCUUCCCCCUCCCUGAUUUUACUCCAGAGGGGGGUGGUUAUGGACUGUUCCCCACCCCCCCUGCCCCUUAAAAAGCACUUACGCCUUCGCGCACCUUUUCAAUCUUGGCAACGUAGCUUUAACUAGCAGUAGCAUCGUUAGAUAUUUUCAUUUAACAGUUAAAGUACUUUUAAAGAUUCAAUUGUAAUACAGAGGGACCCAAAACUUACAAAAUAGGAAGCCAACCUCAAAACAAUCGUGUGCAUUUUGAUGUUGUUAUAAAGCACAACGUUUUUAAACAAAAUUUUUAAGUGAGCUACAAAAUUAAAAUCAAUAACAUCA